GAAAUGUUAGUAUUUAGGAAAGCAAAGAAGAAAUUCAGAAUGGAGACCAUAUGCUCCCCCAACUCAGGAGGGACAAAGACCGCGGAAGUCUGCAAUGCCGACUGGAUGGGCUCGCUCCCCCGUCGCCUCAGCACACUCCCCCUUUCCAAUCUGGCUAUCCCAGGGUCCCAUGAUUCUUUCAGCUACUGGGUAGAUGAAAAGUCCCCCGUGGGACCAGACCAAACACCAGCUAUCAAGCGUCUUGCCAGGGUCUCCUUUGUAAAAAAGCUGAUGAAGAAAUGGUCUGUGACUCAGAACCUGACAUUCAGGGAGCAGCUAGAGGCAGGGAUCCGCUACUUUGACCUGCGUGUGUCAUCCAAGCCUGGUGAUGCUAACCGGGAGAUCUACUUCAUCCAUGGUCUUUUUGGCAUCAGAGUCUGGGACGGGCUGAUGGAGAUCGACUCUUUCCUCACACAGCACCCCAAAGAAGUUGUCUUCCUGGAUUUCAACCACUUCUAUGCCAUGGAUGAUGUCCACCAUGAAUACUUGAUUCAACGGAUCCAGGAGGCAUUUGGAACCAAGCUCUUCCCAUCUGAGAGAGUGGAGAAUGUGACCCUGAAUACUCUAUGGGAGAAAAAAUGCCAGGUUCUUAUUUUCUACCAUUCUCCCCUCGCUAUGCAAUACCCCUUCCUGUGGCCAGGAGACAGGAUUCCAGCGCCAUGGGCCAAUACAACAUGCGUGAGGAAACUCAUACUCUUCUUAGACACAACCCUUGGGGAAAGAGCUCCCCGUGGAGCUUUCCAUGUGUCCCAAGCUAUUCUCACACCCAGAGUGAAGACCAUUGCUCGAGGCCUGGUUGGUGGCCUCAAGAACACACUAGUGCACAGGAAUCUUCCUGUGAUUCUAAACUGGGUGAAGACACAGAAACCUGGAGUCCUGGGUGUCAACAUCAUCACAUCUGACUUCGUCGACCUGGUGGACUUUGCCACAACUGUCAUUGAGUUGAAUAACCUCCUUCUACAAGGGGACAGAGCUCUGGCUAAAUGCUGACUUCUGUUUUACUUAACUCCGUAUUGAAUUUAUUGAUUCAGGGCAGAGUUUUGACAGGUGUCCCUGCCAAUGGUAGUAGUCCCUGGGCAGAUUUUUGCAAGUGAAUAAGAGGAGGCCUUUUUUCUUUAUUCAUAGGGCCUGUUGAGUAAUGUUGACAAUACUAUCGAUUUCAGUUUUCCACAUAAAUGAAGCUUUUGACAUCCUGGAAAGUCCAAGGGGGAGAAAUCCCACUUUAAAUAAUCAAUGUCAGAGUUCAUUUUACUGGAUUGUAGGAUGUAUUCAUUGGUCGGGAAUGUAGAUAAUGGGGGUCAUCAGGGUAUUUUGUGUCCAUUGUCAGGUUUUUUUCUCUGUUGUCUUUCAAGAUGUUGUUUGUUCCAGUAAAAGGCCUGAAGCUCAAGUGGGCAUCCCUGAUCAGAGAAACAUCCAGUCCUGAGUGUUGUCUGUCCUGUGGUAGAUAGAGCACCAACCUAGGACUCUGAUGGGGUCCCCUCAGUAAGAGAAAAAGAGCUGGUGUUAGGAAGGGGGUUGGGCAACAACCCUCUUCUUCUAAGAGCCAGCCAGUAGGACUUAGCAUGGUGGUGUUAGUAAGAGGGCUGCUAUUGUAAUGCUUGCCCUGGGCACAUGCUAACCGAUUUCCUCAGAGAAAUAGGGCCCGGAGGUUUAGGUAACAGGUGUAUUUUACAGUCCCAAAACAUUACUUCCUUUCCAUCUGUUUUGUUUGGAUAUAAAAGAAAGAAAGGGAGCAGAUAAUUUUAAACAUGGGAUUGAGAAAUGGUUAGAUUUGCAUGCUUUCUCAUCUCUCUCUUUGUUUUGUUUUGGAAUUAUUUCCCAGUGGACUUCCAGUUGAACUCUAAAUCAUUUUGGCAGAGGCCUCUUUGGAGCAGUGUCUUCAAGCCAGCUACUGAGGUCACGGUCAACUCUGGAGUACAUCUGGGAUUGGUAUCUGUCUUUUGUGACAUCAUGCCAAGAGAAUGUACUAAGUGGUGAUGCCAUAAUAAACGGAGGCAAAAUCAUGAUUGAAAAGUGUACUGGCAUUACAUGGACAUGUUCCAGUUGGGUUUGGAGCUAUUCUGUGAUUCUUUGGAAACAAGACUACCUCGGGGACAUUUAGGAUGGUUUGCGUGUCAUUCAAAAAAAAAAAAUGAAAAGAAAAGAAAAAAACAACACACCAGUAUUAGGAGAGUCUCGUCUUAAUUUCCCUAUUUGAUUAGCCUCCUCCAGGAUGUUUGGAGUUAGGCUAACCAUCAAUAGAUGAAGGGCUUUGAAAUUCAAAAGAAAACUUUUAUUGAGUGAUAAGAGGUGCUUAAGAGAGCUCUUUUCUCAUUUUAUUCAUGUAUUUAUUUACUUAUUUAUACACACUAUAUUGACAGUGCUUCCUAGGUCAGAAGUGCUCACAACGGAUCUUCCAGGACUCCUUCCUGCCCAAGACAGAUAAGUUUGCUAUUUUUCCCUAGGAUGGCAGGACCACCUUUCUCAAUACAGCUGUGUGUGAUUCUUCGUCUGCUGUUGACCUUCACUCUAUGCUGCCCUUUCUCUUAUGCUAUCUAAGGACUUUUGUGAACUUGGUAGACUUUCCAGAACCAUUCUUGCUGCACCAGUGCAACAGCGGAGGAGGAAAUGGAUGAUGAGAACCACCACUUCUCAUCUCAUCUGUAUCUCAUCCUGUUCCGGAACAGGACUGAAAAGUGAAUGCCAGCUGGAGAAAACAGGGAAAGAUAGUAUGUAUUUCUACCCGUCUGUACCUGGGAGCAGCAGGGAAUAUUCUAGAAAUGGCGACCUCUGGACCCUAGAAGAGAAAGGAAAAACCCAGAUGCCAAAUGUAUGUGGGUUUUGGUGGGGAGGGAAGGGAAAAGUACACACACACACUGUACAGUGUGUCUUGGUCUUUCUGGACUUCUCCUUCAAUUGCUUUUUGAGUUGUCCCUUUGUUGCAGAUAGCUGGAAUUUCUCAUUUGUCUGCAAUGGGAGUAUCCAGCCAGCUGCUAAGAAGAUAACUCUUUAUUCUUGAGGUUUUUUUUUUUUUCCCUCUAGCUUUGUUACAAAUGCCACUUCUUCAGAAAAAUGGGAAGUUCAGAUGCUCAGUCUGCAGACCCUGAGUAGGUCUCACCCACCCUGUCGAAGGAAUCUAUCUUUCCUUGACUUGGAAUCUUUCUUUAGAAGAAGUAGUAUCUGGAAUUAUUCUGUUAAGGGAAAAAAAAAGACAACAGCAAAACAAAAGGUAUUGUUACUUGGGAAUGAGGGGAGCACUGGUGCUCCUUUUCUAAAUCCUGCUUCAAUACAAACGGACCAGGUGAAAAGGAGGAGACACAGGUCUUCCAUCUGGUUUGGAGAAGUUGCUAGGAGUUGGGCCAUCAGGCUGCCAAUUCACCCUCUUAUAACAUGGUAUAAUGACAGGGAGGCUGGGGUAGGACGGCUUGUUCUCCCCUGUUUUAUUUGAGCCUCAGCCGCGUCAGUGCCACGGUGCUAUGGGGACAGGUGUUCCUGGCAUUAAUGAAUAGAAUGCCAGUGACAUCCAAGGGCUCCUUACUGAUCAAAGAAAUGUUUACUUGAUUUUUCCCCUUUACUGUUUUGUUCUGUUUCAUUUUAAACAUGUCAUUGAGUUUCAUUUUAAUCAUUUCCUGCUGUCUUGACCAAGCGGACUUCAGAUUUUGGAUGAAUAAGAGAAAAGUUCUCAAGCAUGCUACCAAAGUACAGAAACCGGCGACUGCCCACAUGUAUAUGGCAGGGUGCUGGAGAUCAUUAUUGCCGCUGUGGUUUGUCAUCCUUGUUUACAUUUGGGAAACAUUCUGUCUUGGAGUCAGUGGGAUGGGGGAAGGGGUUGUGAUUUAUAAUUCUGCUGUAAACACUGGACCCAGAUUUGGCUGCCUCUCAGCCUCAGGAAAAGGUUAACACAGAUGUUAAAGGAUAUUUGCGUUCUGUUCCUUAACCCUGUUGCUAAGCAGCAGAGUGGAGGGAGAGGAUGAGGAGAGGGCAGGGGAUUGGGGAGGAGAGGGACUUUGGUUUGGGUUAGUGACCUAUUAUCCUGUGUCUGCCAUAAGAAAAAUGGCCCGACCACAUUACUUACUCUUCCAAGUUGUGUGGGAUUUAAAAAGCAAAACAGCACUUAUGCUUGAUUAGAACUGAAUAUUGUUGACUCCACAAUCGGCUAAACGUUUGCUUCUGAGCCAAACAGGAACCCAGUUUCCUAAGAUCUGGGGCCGCAUUUCUUUGGAGAUGUAACUUGAAUAUCCCUUGAGCUGCCCAAUCUAAUUGCCCAUUGGCAGAUAAGGACAGUUAUCCUGGGUUGCCCAUCAUUGUUUACAAGAUUGGACUUUUGAUCCUACUGGCAUACCACAAUGGUUCAUGAAGAUGUCCCCAGGGUUAGAGAGAGAGAUAGGGAUAAGGUUAGGGUGAGAGGGUGGUGAAAGAAUCAAACAUUAACAUUUAAAUUAAGAUAGCUGUCAGAGGCUCUUUGCAGAGAAUAUUGAAAAACUCUUGCAUCAGACUCUAGAGGGAUUGUUUGAGUCAAUGCUUCUUCAGUUUUGUAGUCCCAUGCUGCAGAAAUUCUUGGUGGUACAUUGGUCACUUUGGCCAAACCCAAUAGUUUGCAUCAAACUCCAAGAAAAGCACAAGAAAUCUGAUAACAAGAAAGUCCAAGCUCCGUAGCAUCCUAGGGUUCCCUCCUAAUUUUUCCCUGAUCAAACUCACAACCUCAUAUUUAAGAAGCACACAUUUCUAUAGGAGAAGGACUUAAUUGUUUCACAGGAGCCACUAGACCAAGCAAUUAAUACAGUGUUCUGCAUUUGAAACAAAGUCAGUGUACACUGAUGGGGCCAGGCUAGUGAAGCAUUGCAAUGAAAUGCCGUCAUGAUGUAGUCUUUGUCUUUGCUUCAUUUGGAUUGAACCAUUAGAAAGUGUUGUACCUAAGGAUAUUAAAACCAUACCCCUUGGUGGGGUGGGAGGGGAGGAUGGAGUACCAUUAAACAUCUCCAUUCAACAUGAGGAGGUAAAAAUUCGCUGAAUCCCUCCUUUACUAUCACCCUUUGAAUGCUUAGGAGGGUUUCUUAUAGGCUGGUAGAAGACUUGGAUGGAUACCAUAUGGAUAUAUCUCCAAGUUAAAAGGGCUUGGGAAAGAGAAUAGGCUAGUGAAUGAGGCCCCUAGCACUGACCUUCCAGGUAUGGCCAUGCCAUCUCUUUUCACUGUGAUUUCAGCUUUGUGGAAGGGCUCAGCACUUAACACAAUCCCUAGCAUAUAACUAUCACUUAAUAAAUGCAUCUUGACCUGGUUUGGGGUCAAAGUUUUGUCCCACAGCAUCCCCCCUCCCUCACCAGUUUAUAAUGAGGGAUGCCUUUUGCCACUAGAUAGUUUGAGUACUUGAAGAUCCUCAUAUGGAAGGCAGAUGAAGAAUAGGUUUCAGAGAAGCCAUGAAAACUGAGCGAUUCAUGGAGUUCAGUGUGUGAAAUGCCCUUGGUAACCUAGGAGCUAAAUGUGUGGGCAUGGUGAAGACUGUUCUUCAGCAGUGUACUGGGAGAACAUCAUGGAGUAGGCACACUUCCCCUAAAAUUUUUUAAUUGUCUGACUGAUGACAAAACAUAUAUGGGCAUAGUACUUCCACAAAGUUCUGCAAAUAUCCCCUGACUCCAUCCUUCUGAGUUAUUUAGAGAAAAGAGUUUACAAGAAUUCAGGUGGAUAAUCGACCAUUAAAAAAUCUCUGGUCAUUCCACUCAGUGUGGCCAGUGUUUUGAGUCCUGGUUUAAGGUUGAAGUUAUUUUAAUUUCUUAUAGGGCCAGUUGAAAAACCAGGGAUUGAAUUUCAUUUCCAGAGAAAUGGCAGAAGGUGGCAAGGGAGGACUAACUGUAGGGUAGGGCUAGGUAUUUUCUUAGCAUUAAGAUGUAAAAAUGUGCAGGAUCAGGUGCUGAGAGGAUAAACCAUUGAUGAAAUGCUUUUAAAAUCAUGAGAAUUAUUAUUCUACAUUAAAAACAUUAUAAGAGUGGAAGGAAAGGGUAGAGAUAGAUGACAAGAAGUGAAAAGGGCUGCUGGGAUUUCCUCUGUGAUGGCCCAACUUUGGCCAGCGUGGCUAAUCUUCUGACCAGCACCACAAUUCCUGAUGUUAUCAGCUAGACUUUGCUCAAAUAGUGAGGCUUUGCUCCUAUUCCUUCUGAGGAAAUCUUAGCAUUAGGCUUCCAAUCCUCUAUUGAAGUGACUGCCAGCCCUGAAAAAAAUCCAUGCCAAUCCCUCCCUUUCCUUGCUGAUCUCUCUCUUUACCCAACUGUUUGUCUGCUUCCUCCUCCCAAGCCUUCUUCUACAGGAAUAGAAGGUUCUGGGCGACAAAAUCACCCGGCUUUAUGGGAGGCAGAGAAAGAGGGAGGGAGGUAGGGAGGGAAUCCACCAAUGCACUGUCAGCAUGGGCAUUAGCAUCCAUAAUGGAUACAGAAUCCUGCAAUGAGCUGCAGAACAUUCUGUGAAACAAGGAGGGGAAAACAAGCUUGGAAUAAAGAGAGAACACUAGAACACAAACUUGGUAACAUGAAACACCUGAUGUGGAACUAAGUUUUUCUUUAAAAUGUAUUUGUCUCUUUAAAAAUUCUGUUUAUUUUCCAACAAGCUACUGAAGACUUUUUCUUUCCUGGUACUUAACAUCAGGGACAAGCACAUUGGGCGACACAGGACUUGUUGGAGUGGCAUGAGAAAAAUAGGUUAGUAGAGGUAGAAACUAGCUUGUCACUCCACCCCCCAAGUAAACUUGAACAAUUCCUUUGCAACCCCACGAGUCCUCUCUUCAACUUGUGGUUUUCCCAGUUUCCCUCCGGAGAAUGGCUUCACUGCCCAAUGACCCUAUGACAGUACUGAGCUGGCCCAAACCCAGAAGAAUAUGGUGUUGACACCCCUCCCCUACAUACACUUUUCUUAAUACAAUACUAUGCUGGAAAAAAACUCACCUCCCUCUAACCACUUCAAAAUUAAGUUUGAAGAUGACCCUGGGUUGGCCCCAUCCUAUGGUAUUUACUGUUGGACAAUCUCACCAAGAGAAUUUGUUCACAUGACUCCUUCAGCCUGUCUCCAGACCAAACUGGUUUCGAUGAGGUUUUGCAGUUCUUAUCUGUUGGAACCUAAUCCCUCAGUCCCCAGAUAUAACUCCAUCACUAGAAGAGUCCUAUCUCAUCGCUUUCCUGCAACACCAUUUUCUGCUCUUUAGUCUCAUCCAACUUCCACUACCCGCCAAACGCUCUGGGUCACAGGAGGUCAGGAAGAACCUGUAUUAACCAAAAGGAAGCGCAUGCCCAACCUAAACUACGUAUGAGCACAGUUUUUUUCUGAUAGCAGUCAUGUGACCCUCACUCUUAUUUUCAUUUAGCCCUUCUUCCCCAUCUCCCCCCAUCCCCAUUCAGGUCUCUACACCUCCGCCUAUCCUGGCAACAGUCCAGGACCUGGGAGGGUGGAGGGAAGGGGAAAGGUUAAUAUCCAGUUUAACCAACAAGGGCUGGUUUACAAGUCUAGAUAAUGUAAGAGACAGCACUUUUAGACAUCAAAUGGAACUUACAUAGCUUUGAACAUUUACAGUUUACAUUACUAGAACAUUAAUAAAUGCUUCCGUCAUGGAACUGCAGUAUUCAUAUAAUAGCUUGUAGUAGGGACAGAUUGUGUUACCAGUGAUUGCUGCUAAUAUCCUCCUUACUACUUUAUACCCUAAUACUAAUAUACAUUGAGUAAAGUGUUAUCUAUAUGCAAUUUGUACAAUGUGUAUACCUAUUGUCAUCUCAGUUAACCUUGCUGACCAGAUAUGAGUUAGAACAUAAACAAACUGUAAUGGUGAAAAUAAGUGUUGAUCUUUUUUUUUUUAAAUUGUGAAAUUAAUGAUGUACUGUACUAGCUGUUGUAGUUUGUCCUAUAUUGGCUGUAUCACAUUUAAGUGCAUGAAACAGAAGGAAUGAUAUCUGAUCUAAUAAUUAAAGGAAAAGUUUGCAUAUCUGUGCACUUUCAUGUUAAAAUGUAUUUUGUGGCUUAACUAUAUUGUAUUCUGCAUUUCAUUUGUUUUUGUUUCUCUUCAAAUAAUUAUUCAGUUCAGUUUAUUCUCUUUUCCCUUUUCCUGACAGAAUUAUGUAAUUUAAUUCUGCAUUGUUAAGCCAGAAUACCUCAUUUUAACUGUGAAGAUGUUAUUUUUAAAGGCCUAUCAUAUAACUUUUUUUUGAUUGGUUUGUUUUAUGUUGAAUUUUAUUUGAAUGACCCAAAAAAGUUUUCA